UGGAGUUUCGCACUUCGGUAUUCUAGUGUCCUGUUCUCGGACUGCAAAAUAAUAUAUCCUUAACAGCUUUUAGUUAAUCGGACUUAAAAAUGUUUAUUGUAGAAAUUUAAGGACAAAACGACAUUCAUGUAUUCUAAAUGUUUGCAAGGAGUUCUUGCAUACACCGUGAAGAGCCUGUACGCGCAUUUUCAUUUGGGAAAAGUGACCAAGCGAUAUUGCUUCGUUUCAAAUGCACAUUUCUGCACAUCAAGCGAGCGAGUGACAGAGGGGACCGUGGUGGUGGAACGGAGAGGGGCAGUGGUCAGUGUGGUGAUUAACCGGCCCGAGGUGCGCAACGCGGUCAACCAGGAGACGGCUCGGAAGUUGCUUGAGGAGCUGAAAGCAUUUGAGGAGGACCAGACCAUCUGUGCGGCAGUGCUGCACGGUAUCGGAGGGAAUUUCUGUGCUGGUUAUGAUCUGAAGGAGCUGGCCCAUCACUCUGCCUCCCUCAAAUUGGAGCAAGAUGUCACUAAAGGUCCCGGGCCUAUGGGCCCGUCCAGGCUGAUGCUGUCCAAGCCACUGAUCGCUGCGGUCAGUGGCUACGCGGUGGCCGGGGGACUGGAGCUAGCUCUACUGGCUGACAUGAGGGUGAUGGAGGAGAGUGCCAUCAUGGGGGUCUUCUGCAGGAGAUUUGGUGUGCCUUUGAUUGAUGGGGGCACAGUGCGGUUGCCUCAGCUGAUCGGGCUGUCACGUGCUCUGGACCUCAUACUGACUGGCCGCCCAGUGGGAGCGCAGGAAGCCUUAGCCUAUGGGCUGGCCAAUCGAGUGGUGCCCGAUGGCAAAGCGUUGCAGGUUGCCAUGGAGCUGGCAGAACAGAUUAGUUCUUUUCCUCAGCAGUGUCUCCGUGCCGACCGGGCCUCCGCCUACCACGCCGCCUUUGAUGCCGCCUCUUUCACAGACGCCAUGCAGUACGAGAUGGACCACGGCCUGCCCGUCAUCCGGGCUGAGUCUGUUGCCGGGGCGACCAGGUUCAGCUCAGGGGUUGGCCGAGGAGGGAAGUUCUCUUGAUGAGUGUGUUCCACAGGUGCAUUAUGGGAAAAAUAGGGGUUUCAUUUUCCAAAUUCAUGGGUUUUCAAAACUCGGGAUACAACUGUUAACGUGCUCCUCAUAAUCUUUACUUUUAGCUUUGUUAGUUAAAUGAUGACGCUAAGAUGGCCAGAAUUCGUCCACACUCAUUUACUAAGGAUGUAUAAGACUCUUGACACCCAAACAACACCCAUAAAUUAGCUAUAAAUUCGCCUAAAUUAAAUUAGCUUCUCAUUAGGGCUGUCAAUCAAUUAAAAAAUUAAUCGAAUUAAUUACAUACUCUGUGAUUAAUUAAUCUAAAUUAAUCGUAUAUAUACUUUUU